GUAUUUUCAAAACGCCACGCACGAAGAUAUCGAACGAAGGUCAAUCUUGCCAUUACAAUUUACUUUAGCGUCGAAUCUGUUCUGAGUUUUGAAUUAUAUUUUCUCGGAUUCGGGGGCAGCUGAACUGUAAGUCGGAGGUUUUCGUUCUCGACAUUCUCAGCAGCCCGUGGCUCAGUCGUAAACUAAAAUCAAGAUGAAUCGACAAUUGGACGACGACAGCAUGCAAGAUCAGGAUAGUCGGAAACUGUUCGUUGGAGGUCUUGCCUGGGACACAACUCAAGAGAAACUUCAAGCAUACUUCUCAGAUUUUGGAGUGGUUGUAGACUGCGAUAUCAAGAGGGACCAGGUCACAAGGAAACCCAGAGGGUUUGGAUUCGUCCUCUUUGAAUCUGCAGACUCCGUUACAAAGGUCCUUGGAGUACCAGAGCACAAAGUAGAUAACAAGACAAUCGACCCCAAGCCUGCCAACCCGCUCAAGAAGCCAGAAAAGAAGAAGAAGAUCUUCAUCGGUGGAAUCGGCUCAGACCUCAAGGAUGAGCAAAUCACAGAAUACUUCAGCAAAUUUGGAACGGUCGUAGAAACAGAAUUCCCAGAGGACAAGAACACCGGUAGGAGACUAGGCUUUGCAUUCGUCAAGUACGAAACAUCAGAUGAGGCACAGGAUGCACAGAAACACAGAUUUCACACCAUUGCAAAUAAGAAAGUUGAAGUGAGUGAAGCAGUCUCAAGGGAAGAGAGGCAGCAACAGAAGAUGAGAGGAGGCAUGGGCAUGCGAGGAGGCAGAGGAGGAAGAGGAGGAUAUGGUCCUGGGUACAGGGGCGGAUACGGAGGCUACGAGGAUUCCGGUUUCUAUGGCCAAUCCUAUGGUGGUGGCGGCGGUGGUGGCUACGGUGGUGGUGGCUACAGUGGCGGCUAUGGCGGCGGCGGCCAGGGAGCCUACCAGGGAUACGACUACAACUAUCAAGGCUACAGCCAGGGUGGUUACGGCCAAGGAGGUGGCGGCGGUGGAUAUGGAGGCGGCGGAUACGGUGACUACAGCAGUGGUGGCGGCGGUGGAUACGGAGGCGGCGGCGGUUAUAGUGGUGGCGGUGGUGGAUACGGAGGCGGAGGCUACAACAGUGGAUAUGAACAAUCAGAACCUGGCAAAGCCCCAGUUAAUCGACGCGGGGGCGGAGCCCACCACCCCUACUCUCGCUAAAGACGUGUUUUAAGGCCAAGAAGGGGGACCCAUGAACAGAUUAACGUUGGACACUCCUGAGAAAUCGACACUUGCCCCUUUGCAAAAAAAAAAAUUGGGAAAAAAUUUGUACAGAAAACAAAAAUGCGGGGCAAGUAGAGGAGUCAAGAAGUAAAGGAGUGUAUUGGCGACUGAAUUUGUGGAAUUGCUGUACAUGUUAUCUUCCUUGAGGUGUGGCUUAUCGAUGCGAAGGCUUCCGGAGUUUCACAAGGACAACUAUUAGCACCCAUGUCUUUCUGAAAGGAGUGCAAAAGAUUCUUGCUUCGAAAAAAAAAAGAAAUAUUCGAUUCUUCACGUGAUUGUCCCUGUGAAACUCUACAAAAUAUGGACUUGGGGGAAUGAAAUGAAGUGGAUGAAAUGUAUAAUUAGCUCAACUGUACCAAAGCGAAUCAAACAAUUUUUGAGAAAAAGAAAAUGAAAAAAAAAAAAAAAAAAUUCUGCGACACAACAUGUUUCUGAAUGUGCAUAUGAAAUCACGCAGUGGUAUUCUGGAAAUCAUUUUUUAUUUGCAAUUCUCUUCCAUCCAAAAAAAAGAGGAGAGAAGAGAGAAAAAAAAGGACCGACAAGCUGUCUUGUCGUUAUCCUUUUAUGACCAAUUGUAAUAUAAUUUAGCCAAGAAUUAAACCCUUUUCUGUUCUGUUUUUUGCCCCCUCCCCCCCUGGUGUGUUUCAUGAUUAUCAAUCGAUCAAUGCCUUGUUAAUGUAUGUCAUAUUUUUCUCGCAAUUAUAAUAAGCUUUGUAUUUGUGAUUUUUUUCCUAUCUAGUGGCUUGGCCUUUCUUAUGUAACUUCCAUUUAUUUCAUGUAGUAUUUUUGCCUUGAGUUUUAAUUGGUUAAAAUAAAAUUCCAUUCCUAUUGGCAUUUUAAAAACCCAA